CACAUUAGGCUGUCGAUGGGAAGGAAAGCGAGCCGCCUGCGGCGACGCCGCCAGCCCCCAGCCGGCAUCAGCCCCACCACGUCGCCGUCGCCGUCGCCAACGCCUGCAUCCUCCUCAAGAGAGUUUGCCAUGACGCAAAGCCCGAGCAAGUUGUCUGACCCAUCUGUCUCUACUCCCCCAGGAGUGUUGGGGCACCAAGGUUGGGCUGACCUCCCAGAUAAACUGCUUCACUCCAUUGUUCCUCUGUUGGGAUCUUUCCUCGACCUUAUUGCGUUUGCUAGCACCUGUUGUUCUUGGCGUGCUGCCUUCUCUUCGUACCCAUCCAAACCGACCAUCUGCACCAAACUCCCGCCUCUCCUCGUCCGACCUAAUGUCUGUGUUGAUGCCCCUCAUCUCCCUUCCAGCAAUGGUCGUCACAAGCUACGCACAUGUAAGGUCAUUGAUCUGACCAACCAGAACAGAGCCCUCCGCUGCCAGAUUCCUCAAGAAACUUUUCAGAGGAUGCGUUUUGCUGGCUCUUCCUAUGGACAUCUCAUCUGCUGCCGCCGAGGAAAUUGCCUUGUUGUUGAUGUGUUCACUGGUGCCGAGGUUUCACCUCCAUCUCUCCCAUUCAGUGGUGACUGUGAGCAGGAGGUCUACUUUGGUGGCACCCUGACAGCUCCCCUUGCAUCACCCAACUGCCAUCUCCUUGUCAGCACACGAUCCUCCCUGUUUGAUUGGCCGGUUGGAAGUGACUCUUGGUCUGAACUCAAGCUUUCUGAUGCACGGGUAGAUCAGAUUGUGGAGUUCAAUGGUCAGUUCAUCGCCAUGGAUUAUUCCCAGAGGAUCUACAUUCUGAAGCUAGCCCCCCAGCUUGGCCUGCAGGAGAUAACAACCGAGUGGUGGGACGACAUGACUGAAUGCCCAUAUCUAAGACCAUGGCUGGUGGUCUGCGGUGAUAUGCUUCUCAUGGUUGACCAUUAUAUGAGCUUAUCAUUUGGAGCACCAGUCUUGUAUAAACCCUACCACCUUGAUAUGUCGACCAGACCUGCAAAAUGGGUGGAGGUGAAGAAGCUGGACAAUUGGGCACUCUUUGUAGGGGGUGAUGUGAGGAGCCCGCCGUUUUCUUGCUUGAGCCCAGAGAAGUGGGGAGGGAGGAGCAACUGCCUGUACUACGCCCAUUACUCUCAGCCUUGGAGCGUACAUGGAUUAGGUGACGCCGCAGAUGCUGUGUGGGAUCCUUCCACCGACCCUGAUCUUGUGUACAAGAGAAACUGGUACGGCCAGCUGCAGGCCUUCUGGGUGUAUCCAAGCAUGUUCUAUUCUGAUGCUCCAGUAGUGACGGGGCACCAAGACUGGGCUGACCUCCCAGAUAACCUGCUUCACUCCAUUGUUCCUCUGUUGGGAUCCUUUCUCGACCUUAUUGCAUUUGCUAGCACCUGUCGUUCUUGGCGUGCCGCCUUCUCUUCAUACCCAUCCAAAUCGACCUUCUGCACCAAACUCCCGCCUCUCCUCGUCCGGCCAAAUGUCCGUGUCCAAGCCCCUCAUCUACCUUCUAGCAAUGGUCGUCACAAGCUACGCACAUGUAAGGUCAUUGAUCUAGCCAACCAGAACAUAGCCCUUCGCUGCCAGAUUCCUCAUGAAACUUUUCAGAGGAUGCGCUUUGCUGGUUCUUCAUAUGGGCAACUCAUCUGCUGCCGCCGAGGAAAUUGUCUUAUUGUUGAUGUGUUCACUGGUGCUGAGGUUUCACCUCCAUGUCUCCCAUUCAGUGGCGACUGUGAAGAGGAGUUCUACUUUGGUGGCACCCUGACAGCUCCCCUUGCAUCACCCAACUGCCAGCUCCUUGUCAGCACCCGAUCCUCCCUGUUUGAUUGGCCGGUUGGAAGCGACUCUUGGUCUGAAAUCAAGCUUUCUGAUGCACGGAUAGAUCAGAUUGUGGAAUUCAAUGGCCAGUUCAUUGCCAUGGAUUAUUCUCAGAGGAUCUACGUUCUGAAGUUAGCCCCCCAGCUUGGCCUGCAGGAGAUAACUACCAAGUGGUGGGACGGCAUGACUGAGUGCCCAUAUCUAAGACCAUGGCUGGUGGUCUGCGGCGAUAUGCUUCUCAUGGUUGACCAUUACGUGAGCCUAUCAUUUGGAGCACCAGUCUUGUAUAAACCCUACCGUCUUGAUAUGUCGACCAGACCUGCAAAAUGGGUGGAGGUGAAAAAGCUGGACAACUGGGCACUCUUUGUAGGGGGUGAUGUGAGGAGCCCGCCAUUUUCUUGCUUGAGCCCAGAGAAGUGGGGAGGGAUGAGCAACCGCCUGUACUACGCCCAUUACUCUCAGCCUUGGAGCGUACAUGGCUUUGGUGAUGCGGCAGAUGCUGUGUGGGAUCCUUCCACCGACCCUGAUCUUGUGUACAAGAGAAACUGGUACGGUCAGCUGCAGGCCUUCUGGGUGUACCCAAGCAUGUUCUAUUCCGAUGGCCAGUGAUCGUUGAUGGGGCAACUACAGCUUGCUGCUCUACCAGCUUCUUCUCGAAAACUAUCACUUCCAACAGAGACUUACGCAGCUGAAAAAAGGUGCUUUUUCAUGGUGACAGUCAUGCUGAAGCUUCUGCAGUUAGUUUCAUCCUUCAGUUUUAAAACAUUGUAGGAGGCGUUUAUGGUGGCAAUCGGUGCUUACUCCAGCUUUUGCCAGUUAAUUUGUCGUUCAGUUUGCUGUUUGGUCGUUGCACUGUAUGGAUAUGUACUUGACUACGUAUUGCUCAUCUGUGCUGGAGUUGACUAGCUAAGCACCAUGUUUCUGCAUGACGAAGAGUGUUCCUGCAUGUGCCUGUGCUCUUAUUUGCAUCUUAAUCUCUUUUAAUUCGACAAGUUCAUUACAACAAGCAGACUUGCAUAGCUAAUUUUGCUUGAGAUACAUGAUGUGUCCUGUUGAAUUCGGCCGGUCAGUGUGAACAAGGCAUUUUUUUUCUUAAGUUAUUGUAACAAGAGUUGCCCCGAA